AUGAAUCUCGGCGAAGCGGCGAGGGCGGCGAGCGCGGCGAACGUGAUCCUGCGCGGCGAGGCGGAGGAGGAAGACGCGGAGAGCGACGACGAUCGGGGCGUGGACGACGAGGCGCGAGCGACGUGCGAGCGCGUCGUCGAGCGCGUUCGACGCGUCGUGGACGAAGAGGUGAGCGCGAGCGUCGUCUUCGAGGGGUCGUCGCGGGUUUCCAUCGACGCCGCGCGGUUGAGACGCGCGUGCGAGCGUUUGGCGGAGAUUAGCGCGGAUGAGACGCGUCUGAGGACGUCCAUCGUGGCCAGGGCGCUGGUGGAUGAGUUUUUAGCGCCGAUGAUUCGCGCGGGGGCGAAGAGCGUCGUCAAAGUCGUCGAAGAAGACGGCGGCGAUUCGCUGCGGUACGAAACCGCGACGACGAAAAGCGUGGACGACGACAGCGCGCAAGCCUCGCUCGAGACGGCGUUGAGGUGGAUCAGAAGUAAGUUGCCGAGCGAAGACGUCGCGAAAGCCGUCGGCGUCGAGGCGUGGGGAGACAUCGCGAAGACGUGCGUGAACGCUUGGUUGAGCGCGCGACCGAGCGAGCGCGCGAUCGAUCGAACGUGCGCGGUCGAAGUCGUGGCUUCGAAUUGCGGAUUCGUGCCUCCGCCGUCGGACGGCGCGGCGUCGUACGCGGGCGGCGCUUUGGGCCCGCUCGAAGCCGAGGCGCUCGCGACGGAGAUGCGCGAGGCGGAGACGCGCCGCGCCGCGGUGCUCGCGCGGGCGCGCGAGCUCGCGUUGAGUGACGAUCAGACCAUCGUUCGAACUUUGGGCGAUGCGAAAACGCGUGGCGUAGGCCGCGGGACGGGCGAGGAAACUGAGACGUCGAAAGGCGCAAACAAUCUUCUCGACGGCGCGCCCCGCACCGUGAGCAAGGCGACGGAUUUACUCGCGGCGCACGUCGACGACGUGCUUCAAUCGGCGACCGAGCUCGAUCCGCACGCCCACCGGGCGUCAGCGAGCUUAGCCGCCGCCGCCGCGGAUUGUCUAGAUUUGUUUCGCGCCUGCGUCAUCGCCGCGCGGGGAGAACAAUUGAAGACAAUUCACGCCGCUUCGCUCGUGUUUUACAACGAUUGUCACCAUCUGGCGAAUCGCUUCAGCGCGAGCGUGUUCGCGCGCGGCGUGGCGUUAGAGCGACAGAUCGGUCGUACGCCUGCGCUCAUUUGGCCCGUCGAGCCUUUGAGAGCGUUAGGUGACGCUACUCGUGCGGAGGCCAAUAAUCGAGCGCUGCGCGAAUUGCACGCCGCGCUCGACGUCGCGUCUGGGUUUUUGCGCUCGGCGGAAGUUCAGGUGAAAGAAGACAUCGUCAAAUCCAUCGCGCGCGCGCGACACGUGAUCCACCGCGUGGGUACGACGAGCAUGUAUGUCUUGCCCGAUCCCAUCGGAACGCAAGACGCGGCCGAGUUGGCGCUGCACUACGCGAGACGCGUGACGCUCGAAAUCCUCUCCAUGGAGGACAUCUCGGUGGAGGAAUCAGAAGCUUUGACGGAGAUUAUCGGCGUCGCGUUCGCGAGCGAAGGGUUAGUGGGCAAGAAGGGCGACGAAGACGCGAUUCGCGCGCUCUUACGAGCCGUCGGCCCGGAAUGGCAAAAAGUUCGAGAGCUCGGCGUCAUGCUCAGCGCGCCUCUUCGCGACAUCGCGACGAGCUGGGAGCGCGGAUCGUUGCAGAAAGUCGGUUUUACCGCGAGCGAAGUUCGCGGUUUCAUCGGUGCGCUGUUUAGUGAAACUCCGCUUCGAGCGGAGUGCCUAGCUAGAAUAGGAUAG